UGUACCGCCGCUCUGAUUAGUGGAAUCCCUUCACAGUAAUUUUGAGCGCUCGCUGGGAGAGUCGAGGGGCGCUUGGCUCCUGGCGGCGAUCUGUGUGUGAGUUCGGGCCCAGGGAACAUUUCGGAUUUCCUCGCUUUCCUCUUUCGGAAGACCUUCAGUCGGCCGCCAGGUGUGGGAAAUUUGAAACGCGAGGCCGUUCCUCCUCGUCUUCCGGUUCUGGCUGCUGAAACCUUCGGCGAAGCGUGGAAAGAAGAGAAGGGCGUGGGCUUGGUCACCGGCCUCUUCCGCCGGGCGCUGCUGUGUGGAAUCGUCCUCUUGCCCCUUUCUCUGGCCGCAGCCUUGUUUAACAGAAGUGGAAACUGAUGCACUGAGAGAGGAGACAGGUCUUUCCCUUAUCCAGUCCCCCAAGGACCUCAAAGACCUUUCUAGUUUCUGGACACGUGUACGCGAAUGUCGUACGAAGGAGGGCUUAAAAAUUGGAGAAGAGAGUGGGACCUCCUAGAAUUUUUAGGGGUUUCUGUAUAUGUACAAAACUGACUUUUGACCACCGUCCAACACCGGCAGCGUGGGACUCGUGAUAGCCUCUCGCCAUCCUGUCGCUCCGACAUGUGCCUCACUUUUUGGUUAAGUCAGCUAUGCAGGGGUUUACCCAGGCGCAUCGGAAGGACCACCCAGCCGGUCUGGGAUUCUCUCUCCAGAAAUCUGGUGCUGAGUUCACAGAGGAGAAUUCCAGAAUUCAGUAGCUUUGUUGCCCGGACCAACACAUGUGGAGAGUUGCGUUCUUCUCACUUAGGCCAAGAAGUCACUUUGUGUGGAUGGAUUCAGUACCGGAGGCAAAACAUCUUUCUGGUCCUAAGAGAUUUCCACGGGCUUGUUCAAGUUGUCAUCCCCCAGGAUGAGUCGGCUGCCUCUGUGAAGAAGAUUUUAUGUGAAGCCCCUGUGGAAUCUGUGGUGCAAGUGUCUGGGACAGUUAUUUCCCGACCUCCAGGACAAGAGAAUCCAAAAAUGCCAACAGGUCAGAUUGAAAUUAAAGUUAAAACAGCUGAGCUGCUGAAUUCCUGCAAGAAGCUGCCCUUUGAAAUUAAGGACUUUGUGAAGAAAACAGAAGCUCUUCGCUUACAGUAUCGCUACUUAGACUUGCGUAGUUUCCAAAUGCAGUAUAAUCUGCGACUGAGGUCCCAGAUGGUCAUGAAAAUGCGUGAAUAUCUCUGUAAUCUGCAUGGGUUUGUGGAUGUAGAAACCCCAACAUUGUUUAAGAGGACUCCAGGGGGUGCCAAAGAGUUUUUAGUACCAUCCAGGGAACCUGGAAAGUUUUAUUCUCUCCCUCAGAGUCCUCAACAGUUUAAGCAACUUCUGAUGGUUGGUGGUUUAGACAGGUAUUUUCAGGUUGCCCGAUGUUAUCGAGAUGAAGGUUCAAGACCAGACAGACAGCCUGAGUUUACUCAGAUUGAUAUAGAGAUGUCUUUUGUAGACCAGACUGGAAUCCAGAGUUUGAUUGAGGGUUUGCUCCAGUAUUCCUGGCCCAACGACAAAGAGCCUGUGGUGGUUCCUUUUCCUUCUAUGAGUUUUGCUGAGGCGUUGGCCACCUAUGGAACGGAUAAACCCGACAUUCGCUUUGGAAUGAAGAUUAUAGAUAUCAGUGAUGUGUUCAGAAACACAGAGAUUGGAUUUCUUCGGGAUGCACUUAGUGAGCCCCAAGGAACCGUCAAAGCCAUACGUAUCCCUGAAGGAGCAAGGUACUUAAAAAAGAAAGACAUUGAGUCCAUUGAAAAUUUUGCAGCUGACCAUUUUAAUCAGGAAGUCUUACCUAUAUUCCUGAAAGCCAAUAGAAACUGGAAUUCUUCAGUUGCUAAAUUUAUAAUGGAGGAGCAAAGAUUGGAAUUAAUCAGACUAAUGGAGAUCCAAGAGGAAGAUGUGGUCCUGCUAACUGCUGGAGAGCACAAGAAAGCAUGCUCUUCGUUGGGAAAAUUACGACUAGAAUGUGCUGACCUUCUAGAAAUAAGAGGAGUGGUGCUCCGAGACCCAGCUUUGUUCUCUUUCCUCUGGGUGGUAGAUUUCCCACUCUUCUUUCCAAAGGAGGAAAAUCCUGGAGAGCUGGAGUCAGCCCACCACCCAUUUACUGCUCCCCACCCCAGCGAUAUUCACCUCCUGUACACUGAACCUGAAAAGGUCCGUAGCCAACACUAUGACUUGGUUUUAAAUGGCAGUGAGAUAGGAGGUGGUUCUAUCCGAAUCCAUGAUGCAGAGCUACAGCGUUACAUCCUGGCAACAUUACUAAAGGAAGAUGUGAAAUUGCUCUCCCAUCUGCUCCAGGCUUUAGAUUAUGGGGCGCCCCCUCAUGGAGGAAUUGCCUUAGGGUUAGACAGACUCAUGUGCCUUGUCACUAGAGCUGCAAGCAUCAGAGAUGUCAUAGCUUUCCCCAAAUCCUUCCGGGGACAUGACCUCAUGAGCAAUGCCCCAGAUUCUAUCCCUCCUGAGGAACUGAAGCCGUAUCAUAUCCAGGUCUCUUGGCCAACGGACUCAGAAGCAGAAAAGAGCGCAUUGAAUCAUCCACAUCAUCCAGAAAGUUGAGCUUCUGAUUUUGUCCUCUUUGCUUUCCCAAAGCUAAAAUCAGAUCCAGAGUUCUGCCACAGAUCUGAUAAUCAAGUCUUUAGGCAGAGGAAUCGUUCUUUAACACAGUGAAGAAACAGAAGCUAUUCAACUUUGACUUGAAUAUGCAUCAUCAGGGGUUUUUUUGUCAGCACCACACUCUCCCAAGUGAGCAAACCGGCCAUCCCUAUAUAGGAUCCAAACCCGUGGCCUUGGUGUUAUCAGCACCGCACUCUCCCAAGUGAGCAAACCGGCCAUCCCUAUAUAGGAUCCAAACCCGUGGCCUUGGUGUUAUCAGCACCGCACUCUACCGAGUGAGCCACGGGCCGGCCCAUCAUCAGGGGUUUUUUUGAUUGAGACAUUUUUGAAGUUCCUUUUCACUUCGAGAGGCGUGAAAGAUGGCUCUUUGCAGUAGUAAUACAGUGGCUUAGUUGUUUUCUAAUCAUGUUUUUUAUACCGAGAUAGUAAGUUAUUCACUUAGGACAGAGAUAAUCAAAUCAUGUGAGAAAUGUGGGAAAAUGCUUGCCCCUGAAGACUGGUCAGUUGAUGGAGGAUUCGGUUCAUCCGUUCUCAUCUAGAGAAUCAAUCAUAUGAAUUAAGCUUUUUAGUGACAGUUCAACUAUCAACAUAAUAUAGUGAGAAGUAGCAUAAUACAAUGCAAAAAAUAUCACUGAAAUGAAAGUCACAAAAUCUUUUUCAGUGUUUCACCUUGAGCAAGUUACAUAAACAUCUCUAAGCCUCCUUUCCUGCUUGUGUAAAAUGCAAAGGCCGAAUCAGAGGAGAUAAUAUAUGUGGAAGACAAUGUGAGUGCUUUGAAAAUGUUUUGAAAAACUGUAAAGCAUUACACAAAAGAAAGAUGAUAUUAUUUACCCAUAAACAGGUACAGGUAUAUCCAUAUAUAUGAAGGUAUUUCAAAAAGUUCAUGGAAAGAUUCACAUUAUCUUUUAAUUGUAUUUUUCCACUAACUUCUUGAAGUACCCUUGUAUUUUGUAAUUUAAGAUCAAACAAAACUGAUAACUGUAGUAAAAGAAAAAGUUUUAUGAAUCAUUAUUCUGUUUAUAUUUCUAUUUUUAAAGAUAAUCAC